CUGCAGGGGUUCAAGACCAGGGGUCUAUGGGGGGCCGCGGCACCCGGGAGGCAGUGGUGCUGUUCUUCCGCUCUGCCUACCUCUUUGUGCGCUACUUCGGCUCGCAGGCGGGGCGGGGGCCAGAGCUGGCGGCUGCCCUGGCCCGGCUGUACAGCUGUUGCCCCGCACUGGCCCCCCACUUCCUCAACCUCCUGGCUGAGACCCGGGCGGCUCUGGAUGACCCCAUGUGGCCGGCGGCGCUGGCCGGAGCCCUGCAGGAGCUCAUUGUGGGCCAGCCCCCGCGACCCCAUGACCUUCCCUGGCACCUCCGGGUGCUGUCCCACGUGGCUGGGGCGCCGGGGGUGCCAGCAGGAGCCGCAGCGAGCUACGUGCAGCGCCUGGCGUGCUUGGCUAGGGCUGGCCGCCUGGGGGGUUGGCGACCCGGCCAGGCUCUGCUUGGCGUCUGCCGGACUCUGCUGCAGCGCCCGGGUGGGGCCGGGCCCCCCCUGGCCACCCUCCUGGAAGAGCUCGCUUGGAGCUACCCGGACGUGGAUGUGCAGCACCAAGCGCGCUUCUACCGCGCCCUGCUGGCCUCACUGGGGGCCGAGAAGCUGGGGGCCGUGCUGGCCCCCGCCGGGCGCCUCCAGGCCCGCACCCUCUCAUCCUCGCUGGUGGCUGAGAGCGAAAGCUUUACCGCUGCCCUUACGGUGCACCCGGCGCCCCACGUCCCGCUGCGCCUAGAGCGCCAGGCACUGCCAGCGGCUGGCACGCCGAUCCGAGCGUGUGGGGUGGCCGAGGCAGCUGCGGAGAUCUCAGCCCCAGCAGCUCCUCUGCCCUUGAGCCUGGGCUACCGGGUGCUGCAUGGUGGGGACCCCCCGGAGCCGCUCUUGUGCCUCCUGCUGCGGUUCGAAGCCGGCGGUGGCUACGGCCCUGUGCCAGACAUCCACGUGCCCUGUCUCCGCGCCGGGCACCCGCCGCCUGCCCUCACCCUGCAGCUCCGGCCCCAGGCCCCCUACCCCACCCGGGUGGCUGUCACGGCUCUCUACAGCACCCCAGCCGGCCUCACGUACAGCUGCCGCCUGGCGCCCUUGGAGGUCUCCUUCCCUGACCUCUUCCAGCCGCUAGCGUUGCCCGCGAACUGGGACCUCCCGACCCGCCGGCGCCUCUUCCAGGCCCUGUGGGAUGCCCUGGGCCCCGGGGCCGAGAGCCUGGUGAGCUGGGCCCAGCUGCGGCAGCCCGUGGCCAGCCUGGUGGAGCGCGUCUUCGGGAGGUACCUGGUGGCGCCAGGCUCGGGCACCUGCGAGGUGGGGCUGGCUCUGCCGCCCCGGCACCGGGUGCUGCUCCGGGCGCGGGAGGCUGGUGGCGGGGGGGCGGCGUGCGUGGCUCUGCGCACCGACCACUGGGGGGCGCUGCCUCUGCUGGGGAAGUACCUCUGGCAGCAAGGAGUAGAACCAGUAUCAUUAGCCCUUCGUGCUGCAAGUGCUUUGUGA